AAUGGUUCAUGGCGCGUGGUAUGGAUUUUCAUGCUCUGUGGAGGUUUUAAUAGUAUGGUUAUAUCGUGUGUUAUAAGGUGGGGUGAUUUAAAGAGUAAAUAUAGACAGGUAUUUCAAAAAGCAUACAAUGGCUGUAUAGAUAGGAAUUAUACUGCACAUACGACAUCUUUUCAUUCCAUUUAUAACUCGUAAACAUCUGUACAGUGGAUAGUGUAUGGAUCGUACUGUAUACAACACGGAUGCCAGAUAUUUAAUCUUUUAAAUAGCACUCAUAUUAUACUUAAAGCACGCAUAUUUGCAUGAAAUUUAAAUGGAGCUUAAACUGAUGUCAUUUUCCAAAUUCAUGAAGUGUUUGAAUCUACGCAGGAGUUAUACAUGAAGUAAAUGUGGGGUAACCAGCUGUUAUAACAAAUGUACCAAUAGCUCAGAAGUGACCGAUCGUAUCCAGCCCCAAGGGAACAGCAUCAGAAGCAACGAUGGGCGAAAAGGGGCUAGCGGAAGCGUACAUAUUGGGAAUCCCGUUCGGAUUGUUUGGGGCCCACCACUUCUACCUGGGCCGGAAACGCUGGGGGAUCUUGUACGCGUGCACGCUUGGAUUACUGGGUCUCGGGUAUCUGUACGACCUGGUCCGGAUGAGGUGGCUGGUCAAGCACGCCAACAGACACGGCGCUGAGAGGAGGAUGGUCUCCGAUGGGUACAUCGUCUGCUUCCUUACAGGCCUGUUUGGUGGCCACCAUUUCUUCCUUGGAAACCGGAACUUGGGAAUCUUGUACGCAUGCACUCUAGGUGUUUUCACCGUUGGCUGGAUUGUCGACCUCAUACGCAUGCGCAGUCUCGUCGAAGAUCACAAUGAACAUAGGGAGGAGAAAUCCCUUGCGACCGCCUAUGUAUUGGGGUUAUCCCCUCUUGGAAUAUUUGGAGCAUACCAUUACUAUCUGGGGAACGUACAGUUGGGACUUAUUUACACGUUUACGUGUGGCAUUUUUGGGAUCGGAUGGCUUAUGGACUUGUUUCGUAUGCCAAAGCUCGUGCGAAAGGCAGGGCUUGAUAAAAAGUCUGUGGGUACCGCGUACAUUAUGGCCAUGCCCCCAUUUGGUUUAUUUGGGGCUCACCAUUAUUACCUAGGCAACUACGGACUUGGAAUAACAUAUACGUUGACAUUAGGGAUCUUUUCUAUAGGAUGGAUUGUGGAUAUGUUCCGAAUGAAAGCUCUUGUUAAAGCCUCUAACGACCCUACCAGUGACUACGGUACAACCAAGGUCACUGCGUACAUUUUAUGUGUUUCACCUCUUGGUAUUUUUGGUGCUCACCACUUUUACCUUAAACGUUAUCUAAAUGGGGGAUUCUACGUCGGAACUUUAGGCCUAUUUGGAAUAGGUUGGCUUUUUGAUAUGUUACGACUUCCGGUGUUAUAUGAACGCUACGCAGACGAGGACAAACACAAGUACCUGGAUGAAGCUUACGUGUUUUGGUUUCCGUUUGGAAUAUUUGGAAUGCAUCAUUUUUACUUGGGAAACAAGAAAUGGGGGAUUUUGUAUGCCUGCACGUUUGGGUGUCUCUUGAUAGGCUGGAUAAUUGAUGGCAUCAGAAUGCCAUUGUUACUAAAGAAAUUUAAUAAAUAUGUUGAGGAUCCAGACAUGAAUAAUUUCCGAACCUGCCGCCCAAGUUGUAAGUGUUCCGUGUACAACUGCAAACGAUGUUGUAUGGAUUUGUUUGAAUGCUGCAGCUGUUUUGCGUCUUUCUCACUUCCUAGAUCUGAAUCUCAAAAACAGGAAAGAGACGUAGAAGUUAAUGGGCGUACGCAAAAUAAAGACGAUUUUGACGUUAUUCGUGAGAUGUACCCGGAUGAAGACCCGGAAUGUUUCGCAAUGAACCAAAACGAGACUAACAAUCAAACCGAGGCUCAAAUCUCUUCAGUUCGAGAUUCAUCUGACGUUUAUCCCGACAACCAGGAAGUACAGACGACACCUGCUUACGAUAAUGGCGCGCAUCCAGGUGACGCUGGCUACCAAGAGGAACAGUUGCCUAUCAGCGAUGGGCAUGGCUACCACGCAGACGCGGGAGAAAACUAUAACGAUUACCCUGUAGACCAAAACUAUGAACAAAAUCAUGGUACAGAAUACGCAUAUGGAGAAAACUAUGGACAAAACGAGAACUAUACUGGCGAUGAAACGGUCGACCAAAACGGUUACCCUUCCCACGACGCUAGUUACCAAGAUUACCAAAAUGACUCUGAUCAUAAUGCUGCCAAUGACCAACAAUAUUAUGGUGAUCAACAUCAUAAUCAACAACAACAACAACAACAAUACAAUUAUGGUGAUAACCAACAGAGUGGAGAAGUACGCAAUCCGGAUGACGUCACUGUCAACGUGCAAACCGACAAUGUUGCUCUGUAAAUGUGCUUUAAAGUUGAACGCAUUGCGAGCCGCAUCAUAAACUUCGUAUGUGGCAAUGUACUGUACAACAUUAUGUUACAAACGUUAAUUUUCAUGUCUGAUGUUUAUUACUUGCUAUAAUUAAUAUGAAAUUGUUGUGAACACUUUAAUAAAUAUUAUGUACGA